AUGAAAGAAGAAGAAUCUAGCAAAGGGUGGAUAGUGUGUCUUGUAACAAUUGGAAUUGUGGUCACAAUUGCAAUUGCGGUUACAGUUGCAUUCACGGUGUUCCAACCAAAAAAGUUCAUCACUACGGUGGAUUCAAUCGAUGUUCGAGACAUGGACGUAAAUGUUAAUAUAUUUAACAUGAGUUUAAAUUUGAAUGUGACAUUGGAUGUCCUUGUAUCGGUGAAAAAUCCAAAUAUAUUCGGAUUGAAAUACUAUGAUGGUUUCGCGCAACUAAACUAUAGAGGCGAAGAAAUCGGGGAAGCACCUAUCCCUAGCGGAGAGAUAUCAUCUAAAGAAACUAAGCAAAUGAAUGUGACACUCACCAUUAUGGCUGAUCGUAUAUUAUCUAAUUCUCAAGUUAUUUCAGAUGUUACUUCAGGUGGCAUACAACUUAAUACUUUCAUGAGAAUUUCAGGAGAAGUCAGUAUCUUAGGCCUUAUAAAAUUUCAUGGGAAUACCACUGCAUCUUGUGAUUUUGUUAUCAAUACUUCCAACAAAACAAUUGAUAGCCAUGUGUGCCAAUAUAAGAUGGUUUGA